GUGUGAUCAGGUGGGGGACGCCCGUCCAAACAGGGACAUCUCCUAGAGUAUGAUACUCCUAUAUCCAUGGAAUCAAAACCCGUCCGCCCACAUUCUCCGCUGACAAAUAAACAUCCUCUGCUGCCGAUUUUGUUGGGUUGCUGCGAGGAUCUUGCACCCGCCAUCGCAACCACUCCUGAACGACCCGAGCCCCCCCAAGCGCCGUGUGCGUCACCGCCUUUUUUCUAUCUUUUAAACAGUGGGGAGAGAUAGAGAACGGAGGAGAGGGACAGCGAGUAAUCCAUUUUAGCUUUCUUGGUCUGCCAAUUUGUUGUUUCUCUCCUUGAGAAGACAAAUUUCGUUCUUUAGGGGACCAAGCAAAGGCAUCAUCAUCAUCGCCUCUCUCUCGCAAAUUCUCCCCCUCCGUGUCUCUAAAAAAAUUUGCAAUCACCAACCUUUACCACCUUUGAUCCAUGCCCUUUACCUUUCUUCGCCUCUCUUCUUUUUCCCUUUAUUCCCCUGCCUAGUUGCUGCUGCUGCUACUACUGCUGCUGCUUUGCACUGCUUACACUCCCGAUCAAACACGGCAUUGGAGUACCAUUGCACCAGAGAAGGCAGCCGUAGAUGGCCUAGGAAGACGCCUGGAGCACGUUAGCCAGCCAUGAGGGAGUUUUCGUACGAGGAGAUCGAGGCGGCCACGGGCGGCUUCGCGGCCAAGAACGUCGUCGGCAAGGGCAGCCACGGCUGCGUGUACAGGGCCAAGCUCAAGGUCGGCGGCGGCGGCGGCAGGAGGGUGAUCGCCGUGGCCGUCAAGAGGGCGUCGCACCCGCAGGGGGAGGCCAAGCUCGCCAACGAGAUCGCCGUGCUCACCGCCGCGCGCCACCACCCGGGCGUCGUCAGCCUCGUCGGCCUGGUGGCCAUGGCGGGGCCCAGGAGGCCGCCGCUGCUCGUCAUGGAGCUCAUGCCCAACGGCUCGCUGCACGACCUUCUGCACCGGUCCCCGCGGCUCCCUGCCUGGCCUCGCCGCGUCCAGAUCGCGCUCGACGUGGCGCUCGCCGUGCGCGCGCUCCACGGCGCCGCGCCCCGGGUCAUCAUACACCGGGACGUCAAGACGGCCAACAUCCUCCUCGCCCGCGACGGCCGCGCUCGCCUCGCCGACUUCAGCCUCGCGGUCACGGUCUCGACCGAAGGCGCUGGCCCCGGCCCGACGCCGGCGCCGGUGCCGGCUGGCACGAUGGGGUACCUGGACCCGAGCUACACGGAGCCGGGCCGGCUGGGCCCGGAGAGCGACGUGUUCAGCUUCGGCGUGGUGCUCCUGGAGCUCGUCAGCGGGCGCAAGGUGAUGGACGUGAACGCGUCCCCGUCGUCCAUCGUCGCCUGGGCGGUGCCGCUGAUCCGCGCCGGCCUGGCGCGGAAGGUGUUCGACAAAAGGGUGCCCGCCCCGCCACGCGGCGAGGGCGCCGAGGCCGCGGUGGCGCGCGUCCUGGCCGUGGCCGCGCGGUGCGUGUCGGAGAGCGUGGAGCGCCGGCCGGCCAUGGCCGAGGUGGUCUCCGAGCUGCAAGCCGCCCUCGAGAGCGCCGGGUGGCGGCACCACGGCCACGGGAGGGACGUCGUCGGGAGGGCCUACCGGCGCGUCGCGUCGUGGGGGACGCGCGUGCGCGUGAAGAUGAGGCGGAGCAGGGUCGAGUGCACCGAGCAGUCCGGGUCUUCGUCGUCGUCGGAGGGGAGCCGCCGCGCGGCGCCCGUCACGGCUGACUCGUGCCCUCCGCCAACGCUGUCCAGAAUCUUGUUCGGAUAAUAGGCUGACCCAGUAGACGUUGAAUGCCCGCUCGGAAGAACGUGCGGGGAAUUCCUUUUCUUUUGUUUUCAAAAUCUUGCAGGAACUGAUCAAAUUAUUUCGUGUGAAUUCAAUCCAUGUUUGAAUUUGACUUCGUCAACCGGUGAUCCAUUUCUUCGUCUCUCUGUCUAUCCCAAAGUCAAAAGAAUUCUGUACGUAGGAGUAUAUGAGUAGUACAAUAAUACCAUUUUUUUCAUUCCGUCAAAA